AUGCCUUGUAUUCAUUACAAAUUUCGUAAUGCUAAAGAGUAUGAUACGAUCACAUUUGAUACCUUACAAAUCACAUUAGCUGAUUUAAAAAAGGCUAUCAUGAAUCAAAAGAGAAUGGGAAAAUCGACGGAAUCCACUUUAGUAGUGACUAACGCUCAAACUGAAGAAGAAUAUAAAGAUGAGACAACCAUGAUACCUAAGAAUACUUCCGUUGUGGUUAAAAGAGUACCGAUGACUAAUCCUAGAGCUGCAUCGCGAUCAGAAAAGAGCGGCUUACCUGGCGUAAUAGAUCAUGUAGCAAUAACUGUUUUCUCUCCUGUAUUGGUACAACGUAUGGAAAAUUCGUCAGAUCGCAGUGCACCGAAAAAGAUUGCAGAUCCACUAAAUUCACCUGAUACAGAAAUGGAGAAAAUUAAGGACAUGAUGAAACAAUCAAGUGAAGUAUACAACGCUACUCAACAUUCACAACGGAGUACCAUGCGCAGUAAUCGUGAUUUACCGCCGAAUUACUUAUGUUAUCGAUGUGGUCAACCGGGCCAUCAUAUUUCAAAGUGUCCAACUAAUGGGGACUCUCGAUACGACGUGAACAGAUUGAAAAGACCCACUGGAAUCCCCAAAAGUUUCUUACAAGUUGUAGACAAAUCUGACGGAGUUACAGUUAUGACAUCUGCUGGACAAUUUGCCAUUUCUUCAUCAUCAGAGAAAGUUGCAUCUAAAAACGAGUGGGAUGGCAAACCUGUCGUACAGGUUAGGCGUGAGGUUAAUAAGAAAGAAGUCCCUCCAGAAUUGUUAUGUGAUUCGAAGCCACUAUCGAAUAGUAAGCAACAGUCCGAGACAGCACAUAGAAAUGAUACAGUGGCUUCUGGUGAUCGUAUAAAGUCGUUUGGGAAACCGAUUUCAACUAAAGUUAAAGGACGUACGAAUGCGGUCGCCGAUGUAGCCGCUAAGAGCGAGAAAGUAAAACGUCAACAAGAGCCUUGUCGCACAUUCCUUCAAACUGAGCCUCGAAGGUCUACUCCGAUACCAGAUCCUCCUCAAAAUCCACCUAUUAUGACGAUAAUAAACGAUCCAACAUUCGAACGAAUUCCCAAUAUGGGGUCACACUUGCGGUUUCCGAGACCUCCGCCAGUUAGUGCACCGAAUGUAUAUGGGGGAAUUCAACAUACAUUUAAUGUAGCACCUCAGGAAAUUUUCCCAUCGAACGCCCCGCAAUCUUAUGUUCCACGUCCUCCCAUUCAAUUAGUACGUCAGAAUAUUCUGCAGCCCAUGGAAUUUAAUCAUCCGACACCACCGCCGCCAUUCUUAAAUAAACUUCCUAUGAUUACUCCCGAAGCUACGAUGAUGAACAUGCAAGUACCUCCUCCUAUCUUCAACCCUUCACCGAUGCCGAACGUUCCUAUGUCUCAACCUAAUAUAUCAACUGGCUUUGAACAGUUCACACCUAUGAUAAAUGAGAAUACUAUUUCUCAUGAUGAUUAUUCUAGAAAAAAUUUUCGUGAUGCAGAAGGUUCACGAAAAUAUUCGAGAAAGAGAGAACGAAAGAAUAGAUCUUUCAGUAGAUCAAUUUCUCGGUCACCUAGUGCUCAAAAGCGCCGAAAGCGUGAUUCUAGUAGAGAUUCUUACAGUUCUAGUAGAUCUUCUGAAUCUCAUCGAAGGCGCCGUAGAUCAAGAUCUAACUCUAGGUCUCGUCAACGUUUUAAAAAUCGGUUGUCACCUCGUCGUGGAAAACGUACUUCGAAUAAGAGUUCCCGCGAAACGCAUAGUCCUCGUCGUGUAAUUAGAAAGAGUCAUUCAUCGGGGUCCAAUUUAAAGUCUAGACAUGAAAGCAGGACGAGAAAACCAGAUUCCGAUCGACACAAACGGCUUCGUAGUCCUAUCCCAAUAAGGAAUCGCAGCGAAGAUCUACGUUCUCGUAUUGAGAAAAAAUCUCUUAAAUCUAGUUCUCAAUCAAAGAAGGGAGAAAAAAUAGUCAAUAAAAAGGAUUCCAAAGAAAAGAAAAAAACGAAAUCUAGGUCUAAGGUAGAAAAACCAAAUCGAAAAAGUUCUAAUAAAGUUCAUAAGAAAAAGAAAAGGAAGCAUAAACAUAGAAAAGAAUCAAGUAUGUCUCCAGUCAUUGCCCCUGAUUCGACAGCUGCAUUAUCAGGUGAUGAACAGUCUGAAGGUUCUAUGAACUCGGCCAAAGUUAGUAAUACAUCACCAACAGUUGGUCUAGAAUCGGUCCAUGAGACGGAAAGUGAUUCGACCAUCAAACCACCUAAGAUUGAACUUAUAACUUUCGAUGAGAAUGUAGUCAUUGAUUCUCAUAAAUUGAAUGAGACAACUACUGUCCCGGAUUUGACCGAUAAAAGUAAAUGUCAAGUAGAAGAGAAACAGUCUUCAACCUCCAUCAUUAAAACUGAAAACUCAAUACCCACAAUAACAACAAAACGACCCCGGCUUAUCAGGAGAAAAGAUUUCAGGUGA